GGCUGAGAGGACACCGAGAGGGAGGGGCAGGAGCUACCGACCGCUGGAGGAGGAAAGGGGUUGUGCUCUUGGCCGAGCGCGGAGAAAGGGGCGGAGCCUGCAAGCAGCGCGUGGAGGUGCCGAGCUCCUGGGACCGGCGGGCGCGCGGGCGUCUGUGGCCCUCGCCGUCCCAGUGGCCGCCGCCGUCGCUUGGUCGCCGUCGGUCUGCGGGAGGCGGGUUAUGGCGGCGGCGGCAGUGGGAGCUGUGAAUGAAUUCUCCGGGUGGACGAGGGAAGAAGAAAGGCUCCGGCGGCGGCAGCAGCCCGGUGCCUCCCAGGCCUCCGCCCCCCUGCCUGACCCCCGCCCGUCCCGCCCCCAGGCCGGCCCCCCCGCCCGAGUCGCAGCAUAAGCGGAACCUGUACUACUUCUCCUACCCGCUGUUCAUAGGCUUCGCGCUGCUGCGGUUCGUCGCCUUCCACCUGGGGCUCCUCUUCGUGUGGCUCUGCCAGCGCUUCUCCCGCGCCCUCAUGGCUGCCAAGAGGAGCUCCCGGGCCGCGCCGGCGCCGGCCUCGGCCUCGCCCCCGGCACCAGUGCCGGGCGGGGAGGCCGAGCGCGUCCGAGCCUUCCACAAACAGGCCUUCGAGUACAUCUCCGUUGCCCUGCGCAUCGAUGAGGACGAGAAAGCAGGACAAAAGGAGCAAGCUGUGGAAUGGUAUAAGAAAGGUAUUGAAGAACUAGAAAAAGGAAUAGCUGUCAUAGUUACAGGACAAGGUGAACAGUGUGAAAGAGCUAGACGCCUUCAAGCUAAAAUGAUGACUAAUUUGGUUAUGGCCAAGGACCGUUUACAACUUCUAGAGAAGCUGCAACCAGUUUUGCAAUUUUCCAAGUCCCAAACGGAUGUCUAUAAUGACAGUACUAACUUGACAUGCCGCAAUGGACAUCUCCAGUCAGAAAGUGGAGCUGUUCCGAAAAGAAAAGAUCCCUUGACACACACUAGUAAUUCACUGCCUCGUUCAAAAACAGUUAUGAAAACUGGAUCCACAGGUCUUUCAGGCCACCACAGAGCACCUAGUUGUAGUGGUUUAUCCAUGGUUUCUGGAGUGAGACAGGGACCUGGUCCUGCAGCUGGAACUCAUAAGAGUACACCAAAAACAAACAGAACAAAUAAACCUUCUACCCCUACAACUGCUGUUCGCAAAAAGAAAGACUUGAAGAAUUUUAGGAAUGUGGACAGCAACCUUGCUAACCUUAUAAUGAACGAAAUUGUGGACAAUGGAACAGCUGUUAAAUUUGAUGAUAUAGCUGGACAAGAGUUGGCAAAACAAGCCUUGCAAGAAAUUGUUAUUCUUCCUUCUCUAAGGCCUGAGUUGUUCACAGGGCUUAGAGCUCCUGCCAGAGGAUUGUUACUCUUUGGUCCACCUGGAAAUGGAAAAACAAUGUUGGCUAAAGCAGUAGCUGCAGAAUCCAAUGCAACCUUCUUCAACAUAAGUGCUGCAAGUUUAACUUCAAAAUAUGUGGGAGAAGGAGAGAAAUUGGUGAGAGCUCUUUUUGCUGUGGCUCGAGAACUUCAGCCUUCUAUAAUUUUUAUAGAUGAAGUUGAUAGCCUUUUGUGUGAAAGAAGAGAAGGAGAACAUGAUGCUAGUAGACGUCUAAAAACUGAAUUUCUAAUAGAGUUUGAUGGUGUACAAUCUGCUGGAGAUGACAGAGUGCUUGUAAUGGGUGCAACUAACAGGCCACAAGAGCUUGAUGAGGCUGUUCUCAGGCGUUUCAUCAAACGGGUAUAUGUGUCUUUGCCAAACGAGGAGACACGACUACUUUUACUUAAAAAUCUAUUAUGUAAACAAGGAAGCCCAUUGACCCAAAAAGAACUAGCACAACUUGCUAGAAUGACCGACGGAUAUUCAGGAAGUGAUCUAACAGCUUUGGCAAAAGAUGCAGCACUGGGUCCUAUCCGAGAACUGAAACCAGAACAAGUAAAGAAUAUGUCUGCCAGUGAGAUGAGAAAUAUUCGAUUAUCUGACUUCACUGAAUCCUUGAAAAAGAUAAAACGCAGCGUGAGCCCUCAAACCUUAGAAGCAUACAUACGUUGGAACAAGGACUUUGGCGAUACCACUGUUUAAGGAAAGACCUUCAUAAGCCUGCAGAACGUUUUUGCUUUCGAAGAGAGUAACACACCAUCUUCGUCGAAUAGUUAAUCAGCUACAGAAAUUCAACCUAAGUUUACAGGACUUUUCAGAGUCUUACAAUUACUUGUGCACCCCAGCAGAUGAACCAUACAACAAAUUUAAAUAAAAUAUACAAUGCAAAUGGAGUAUUCUGUUGAAGGCCUUCUUGCCUAUGUUGCUAGUUAUCCCAAUGGGCACUGUAAGUUAGAGCACAACAAAAACUGAUUCUGGUCUUCUUUACCAAUAUAAUCAUAAUGUAAAUAAUAAUUUGUAUAUUGUGUUGCAGAUGAAGGUAUUCCAGAGACAGUGAAUGGUAGAAGACACAAGCGCCUUUGGUUGUUUGUCUUCUGAUGUCUUUUCUUAAAAUAGUAAUUUUUCUAUUUUCCUUUCCUACUGUUGUCUUUACUACAGAUUAGAAUACCAAACACUCUAAGUUACUUUUUUUUUCUUCCCUCUUUACAAAUCCAGUGUGCCAAAUGAAACUUCUUCCUAUGUAACAGUAAAAGGAAAAAGUGUUUUGAAGGUUUUGUUUUUGUUUUUUUUCCAUCAAUCUACAGUCAGGAUACAAUUGCAUUUUCACCUUUCUGUUACCUUGCUGCCAAUUUAGAAAGCCAUUUGUUGAUAGCAACAAAGCAAAUCUAGUAAAAUAGAAAAGGAGAAGGUUAGAAGGUUUGAGUCACUCUGUCAUACAACGUGUAGAUCAAUCCUCGUGUGACCUGCAGUAUUUUUUUCUAAUAUAUUUGUCAGAAAUCUAUUGUAGACUGUUAAUUUAUUCCUAAUGGAGUUUAUUUUCUGCUAGAUUUAUUCUAAUAUUUAAGAAGGCCAAUUUUAACUGCCGUAAAAGUGGUUCCUGUGUGAGAGAAGGGAAGUACUGAGAGCUAAGACGUUUCUAAUUUAUUGCUCAUUGCUUUCUUACUGUUUACAGGAUAAUUAUAAGCCAGUGGAUCUACCAUCUUUUAUUCCUAAUAAUGAUUAAUCCCUUCAAUGAAACUUUAAAAAUUACUGAAUUUUUAUACAUUGCGUACAUUUUAUAGGUUUCUUGUGCUCACUUUGUUAACUAAAAAGUUAGUCUGUUAAUCUGCCUUUUGUUCCCCCAAAAAUGUACAGUAAUUCCGUUUCUUGUUUGUAUAAGUAUGCCUGGAUUUUAUUAUAAAACUGUCAUUGUAGGAAGUAGUGACUCAUAUCAUGGCUUUUUAAAUACUGUAAUAAAGGCAAAUGGAUAUUUGCCCUUAGUUUACUGGUUAAAA